AUGGAGGAUCUACGGGUGUUAAUCGAUCACCCUGGUGCCCAAAUAGCUCGGUUCACUGACGGCUUGCAGCUUAUGUGCGCUGGUAUUGCUGAGGAUGCAUGGAGGAAAUAUUUGGAGUCUGGUCGGGUUCAGCGUAAGUGUAUCGAGAUCAUGGGUUCUCAACCUUGCAAUGCGGCAGAGGAUCGGCUGUACCAACAUCUGAGUGGUUUUUUCCAUCAUUACACGGUGAAUCCGACCACGGGGGAAAUUGCUUGUUGUUUGAGUGAUAAAGUAGCGUCAUUCGUCAACAGCGAAUUUCGAGUUUACUUGGUGGACGACUUCGGCUCGCUGAUGAAUCUACUUUACCAAUUAUCGAAAUUGGAGAGGAUAGCGUCAAAUGGGAAGCCCACUGCGAUGGCUGUGGAUUUUGAGGGCCUCAACUUGUCCCGAGAUGGAGCGAUGAGUUUGGCUCAGCUGUGUCUAUCGUCCGACCCGAAGAGUGUUUAUGUAGUCGAUAUCACUAGACUGGGCUUCCACGCCUUUCAUACUACUACUCAUACGGGUACGUCACUGAAGUCUAUUAUGGAGGAUGCUCGAAUAGAGAAAGUGUUCUACGACCCUCGCAAUGACGUUGAUGCCCUCUACUACCAAUUCAAUGUGGCCCCUCAGAAUGUUUUCGAUCUCCAGCUGGCUGAGGUGGCUCUACGACGGGCACGCGGGCUGACCGUACGCUACGUCAUCGGCCUCUUCAAAUGCCUUAUAGCCCAACCGGAGCUCUUCACUCAGCCGGCUAUGAUGGAUUUCGCACGGAGGAUCAACGAUGCUGGCAAGGCCCUGUAUGAGCCGAAGCAUGGCGGUAGCUUCAAAGUGUUCACUCAGCGACCACUCCACACUAGCAUUAUCGUCUAUGCCUCUCAUGACGUUCGCUAUCUACUACCACUGAAGGACCUAUUUACCAAGCAACUGAAUGAGGCUAGCGACGACCUCUAUGAGAGAGUCUGCAAGGUCAGCGCUGAAAGGGCUCAAUGGUACAAGAAUGUUGAGUAUGUUAAGCCCACUUCGGAAGCGCCCGACAUAUAG